AUGGCCGGGUCAGCCGAUGUCGCUGGCCCACUCCGCGUCUCACAGCGGCGGCCCCUCGCGUGUCGAGAAUGCACCAAGCGGAAAAGAAAGUGCGACAAGCAAAUCCCUUGUUCUAGAUGUCGACGCCUCAAUCUGGAGUGCUCGGUGGAGACAGUGCGACUCCGGCGGAAUACUGUGCAACAUGCAUCUGAGAUCCAAUUCCUAGGCUCAAUAUUGGCGGACCUGGAUACUGGCUCUACACAAAAGCUACCCCAUAUUGCUCAAAGAUUAAAAGAUAGAAUCUCCCAGUUACAGACCGGGCUAUCAUCGUCGCCGACCGAUGAGAAUCCCGCAGGGUUGCUGCAAGAGGAUAUCAAGCAACCGGACCAGUUUGAUGAAAGGCAGGCACUACAUCGACUGGCUGAAGCCCCGACGGAGAAUACAGAUCCACCAAUCCUUACAGCAAUAGAGCAUCUUGCUUGGGGUCGGAAUUCUGCAGGAUGUUUCCCCCACAGGCGAUGCGCCUGCCAAUAUCGUCGAGAUAAUCCGGAUAUGCUAUCGAUGAAUAGCGGAUCUUUCCAAAUACAUGGAUCCGCCUUAGAGUCCUUAGUAUUCGUGCCUAUGUCAAACGACGCUAAAAAACUCAUCAAAUUUCAUAUUGGCCAUUUGACCUGGCAUCACAAUUGCUUCCAUGGAGAGACAUUCCUAGAACAAUGUGAUUUGUUCUGGAGUACAGGAAGAUGUGACAAUCCUCUUUGGAUUGCACUCUACCUCUCUGUCUUGAGUUGUACGGUCAACUCAAUCCAAAAUAGCAGAAAGCUUAAAACCCUGCUUGACAUUGACCUCGACAGUAUGCAAACCGCACAGCAGCUUUUCUCAGCCAUGGUUCAAACGUUGUAUCAUUCGCAUUUCCUAAAUAACCUUUCCAUCUGCUCUGUGCAAGCUAUCGUCAUAUCAACGGAGGUUGCGCAUAAUCUCGGUCUCAGCCAACUCAACGCAACGAUGUUCAAUGCUGCCGUUCGAAUCGCUGAGUGUUUAGGGCUUCACAAAAUCAAAGACCAUCCAUCAUCAUUGACACAGACCCGAGAUCAAUGGGAAGAACGCGUGGAGCGAGAAGUUGGACGGCGAGUGUGGUGUCAAAUGAUCAUCCAGGACCAUUUCGCUAUCCCCUUUACGGACACUUAUAGCAUUUCUCCUUUGCAUUACUCCACCGGCCGCCCUCUUAAUGCAGAUGAGCAGAAUCUCAGCGAAUUGCCCACCAAUAUCCCCACCAUCAGCACCUAUGUGCGGGUGCUCGUUGAGCUAGCCGCUCUGAUGCCGGAUCUAGUCGAUGGUCUUGGCCCGAUGAGCAAGCGCAAGUCUCGUCGCGAGCAAUACGAACAUAUACUGCAAGUUGACCAGAAGAUGAGAGCCGUUGUUAAAGAUAUACCAUCUUUCCUUUUGCGACCCGACAAGGCCAAAGAGUCAAAGAUCCCCUGGCUUAGCAUUGUCCGUCGAAGUCUUGCCAUUACGGCGGCUGAAAAGAUUAUCAUGAUACACCGGCCGUUUCUAUUCCGCUCAUUCCACGAUCCAAACUAUGGCCACUCAAGGCGUACCUGCAUUGCAGCUGCGAUGACAAUCCUGCGUGAACAUGAAACAAUCGCCAAGGAGGAAGAUCUGUCAAUCUGGACACACACUGCAUUUGCUAUUACUGCUGCCGUCAUUCUAUGCUUUGAGGUAAAUGCUACCGUGGAAAACCCCUCUGAUGGGAAAGUAGAGAUGUACAGAGAGGCCGUUCUAUCUGCACGUGAACGCCUCGCUUUAAGAAAUCAUGAUUUGCUCGCCCAGCGUGGAGUCGCUCUUAUCGACGCGAUUUUGAUUGCUGAAGAGGCCCACUUUGGAGCUAGAGAAAGGAAACGUGGCGCCCACAUUGACUUUAACCGGAUCUUUGCCAACUAUUCAACAUUGAGCCGAGUCAUUCUCAACCCCGAUGACGACAUGGCGUUUGGCAAGUUCACCGGUAACAGCCCGGACGACUUCCGGAGCGUGGAGUCCAAUGAGAUGCAGUUCUCCUGGAAUCAAGACGAGAUUGACUUUGAUAUCUGGUUUAAUGGCAUUUUCAACGACCUUCAGCCAUCUCCUUUGUCGUGA